AUGAACAAUCUUUCAACAGUUUCAAUGUUUUUACUUUCAGGUUUAAAUGAGACAAAACAUGACAGGUCACUUUUUUUCUUUCUCAGUUUCAUGUGUUACUCUAUAAUUAUCCUUGUGAAUCUUUGUCUUGUUUUGACCAUAAUCUUGAAUAAUGAACUCCAUGAACCAAUGUAUAUUCUGCUUUGUGCUUUUUGCUUGAAUACCAUUUAUGGGACAGCAGGUUUCUAUCCUAAAUUUCUGUGGGAUCUGCUCUCUCCUGUUCAUGUCAUCUCUUAUUCAGGCUGCCUUCUGCAGGCUCAGGUGUUGUAUUCCUUCGGCUGCAGUGAUCUGUCCAUCCUUGCACUCAUGGCGUAUGACCGGUAUUUAGCCAUAUGCCAGCCACUGGAGUACCACUCUUUCUGGCCAAAUCAGAGAGUCAUCACUUUAGCGUGUCUUGCCUGGGUCAUACCUUUCUGCAUUGUCGCUGUAAACACUUUCCUGACAUCAAGGUUGAAGUUAUGCAGUUCGUAUUUAAACAGACUUAUUUGUAUGAACGGGAGUAUUGUUUUACUUGCUUGUUUUCCGGCUGAAACUUUUGUGAACAAUGUAGUUUCAAAUGCCACAAUAAUACUUUACAGCCUCCACAGUAUUGUAAUUAUAUGGUCCUACAUGUUUCUCAUCAAAAAAUGUGUCAAUUCUUUGGAAAACAGAAAAAAAUUCAUGCAAACAUGCGUGCCGCAUUUGGUUUCCUUGAUAUCAUUUUCUGUAACUAUACUUUUUGAUGUUAUAUAUAUUCGAUUUGAGUCCAAACAUUUACCACAAACUUUAAAAUACUUUGUUUCAAUAGAAUUUCUCAUCAUUCCUCCUAUCAUGAAUCCACUGAUAUAUGGUUUUAAGUUGACCAAGUUAAGAAACAAAGUUUUUGCAUCUCUAAAAAUGAAAUGA